AUGAGUGCCGGAGCCCGGGCCGCCGUGGAGGAGAUCCGGCUGAACAGAGGGCCGGCAGGCCUAGGGUUCAACAUUGUGGGUGGCACAGACCAGCAAUAUGUGUCUCAUAAUGACAGCAGUAUAUACGUUAGUAGCAUCAAGGAGAAUGGAGCUGCUGCUGUGGAUGGUAGGCUGCAGGAGGGAGAUCGGAUACUAGAGGUGAACGGUUUUUUUUAAGCUAGAAAAUCUUUUGCACAAAGAUGCAGUGGAACUCUUCAGGAAUGCUGGUGAAUUUGUGGUCUUAAAGGUUCAGCACCAGAAUCACCUAAAUGGACCUCUUGGAGGCAAAACCGACACAGACUCUGAAGGAACGUCAAUAGCCAUGAUAGUGGUGCCUAUAAUAUUAGCUGCUGUGGCUGUCUUCGCCUUUGUAAAAUAUCGGCAACGUAUGCCAAGCUAUUAG